AAUGUUCAUUCUAAACAAAAAUAAGUGAACUGAAAUACACUUUUAAUUUUAAAUCCAGUUUUUUUCUUCCUUGUUUAUGGAACCAAAAAUGCUGUGAAGCCUGGUCCAAACAAUAUCAACAAUAAUCGGAGCUGAAAGAGAGUAAUCUUUAAUGGAAAACCGAAAAGUAAAUAAAAAAUCAGAAACGACAGCUAAAAUUUUGUCCUUCUGCACAAAUUGCCAGUUGUCUUUUUUAUUACUUUUUGGAAGUGGACUUUUGCGGUCGCCGUAGCUAUUUUUUUUCUUUCUAAAUGAUCAACAUUAUUUCCAGAAAAAAUCGAUAAAGACUUGGACUUACAAUUCCGAUAUCAACCUCAAUCCUCAGUGCAGCUUCCCAGUAAUUUUCUAAUCAAGAGCCACCGGCGAGCCGGCGAUGGCGAUGGAUCUGCAAAGCCCUAAUAAUGAUAUUGUACAGCAACGCACUAUGGCUUCAAUGGAGGAGAAAUUGCUGAAGUCCAGGCAGCGAAGGUCUCAUCCCGAACCUCACACCAUCUGUCCUUUUCCCGAUUCCCUUAUCAAAGUCCAUGACGAGAUCCGAUGGCCACAGUUAACAUCCUUCGGCCCUUGUCUCUAUCGCACGCACCCUUUUCUUCCCUUUGAAAAACAUAAGUGGGAUCUUCUUCGCGGGUUUCUUUCUCGGACAAAAAGAGAUUUGCAGUUCUACUAUGAGAGAUUGAUGAAUUCAAUAGAUCAAAUAAAAAGAUGCUACUCUGAGGAGGUUGAUAAGCCUGAUGAUGAUCAUCAUCUUGUUAAAAUAAUGUUGCUCGAUGGUUCUUUCAUGGUGGAGCUCUUCCUUCUUUAUGAAGAGGGUAAGGAUUUCACGCCGCCACCCCCAUCGUCCGUCCAAACUUUGAUUGCGGAUCUGCUGAAACUGGAGAAUCAGUUACCCUUUUUCGUUCUUGAGAUCUUGUUCGAAUUGUCCACGGUUGGCCCCCCGAUCCGCUCUUUGUCUUAUCUUGCCUUAAGAUUUCUGAGUCAAGCUUUCUGCAAAUCUCCAGAAAUGGUGAAAGCCCAGGUUCGAAAGCCCAAGCAUUUACUAGACUUAUUCCGCCGGAGUCUCCUUCCAGCAACUAACUUAGAUGAAGAUUCACAUCUAAGCAAGCACGAUCGUCCGAUGCACCCGAUUCAAAGCGUAAAACAUCUACGGACUGCAGGAAUAUCAGUAAGACAAAGGACAGCGAAAAGCCUCCUGGAGAUAGAUUUCAAAAAAUUUCAAAUACCGCCUUUAGCUCUUAAAAUCCCGCCCCUCGCCAUUGAUGAUUUCACCAACGCUAUCCUGGUGAACUGUGUUGCUGUGGAGCAAUGCUUCACGGAUGAAUCCAAACAUUUCACUGCUUAUGUAUGCUUCAUGAGUUGCCUGAUGAAGCAACCCGAAGAUGUCGGAUACCUUCGUUCUGCUGACAUUAUCAAUGGCUUUUCGCGAGAUGAGGAGAAUUUCAUAAACAUGCUGAAUGGAAUUGGUACAAAAGUUAGUUCCACUUUGCGAGAAUGCUAUCUGUGUAAGCAAUUCCGAGAAAUUCACUGCUAUUACAAUAGUUAUUGGGCAUCCAUUAGCCGCUCUUUCUUCCAAUACAAUCAUAUCAUGCUGUACUGUUCUUUGCUACAAAUUGUCGUCAGUAUUGUUGGCUGGCGUGUCUCUGGAAAUUAAGCUGCUUUCCUUGCUUUUCCUUUAGUGGUUUCCAGUGUAUUUCUUCCAGAGAUUUAUUCAUCCAUUUCAAAUGCAUAAAACAA